AUGAACCGGCUAUGUGACUUAAUCGACAGGAAGAUCGAUGACGGAACUUUUGUGCCGAUGAUGAAUGUGGCCAAUUCUACUAUGCGUCAGCUUGGAAAAUUCUUGGUUCUCUUCGUGUAUUUCAUCUCAACGUUCCUUGCCUUCACUUCCUUUUUUAUCAUAAUUCCAUACGAACAAUUAUACAAACCGGUAUGGUUUCUUGUUACACUGGGAGUGAUGGGAUUAUAUUUUUUGUUCAAUAUCCAAUAUCAUUAUUACAAAGCAAGAACGAUACCGCCAGUUGUCAACCCCGGGGAAGAGGGAGAUGCAUUUUGUGAAAAGUGCAACUACUGGAAAAGUGAUCGUGCCCACCAUUGCUCUGUAUGUGAGAGAUGUGUUCUUGGGAUGGAUCACCAUUGUAUUUGGAUCAACCAGUGUGUUGGAUCUCACAACCAUCGCCAUUUCUUUUUGUUCGUCGCUAAUCUUACACUAGCUGCAGCUACUAUCAUUAUUGCCGGUUAUCAGUCAUUUUACGAUCAUUUAUUUUUGGACUACUCUCAAACAACUUAUUGCACGACAAUACUACAACAUGCACCUCUUCAGGACAUUAUUUGCGAUUAUGACGGGUUUGCUCGCACAUCGGUUGUUUUCUGUUAUUUGCUCAGCGCUAUCCUUCUGAUUAUGGUUGGAGGAUUGACAUUAUGGAACGUCUACUUGAUUUCCAUUGGAUGUACUUACAUAGAUUACUUGAAACUGACGGGAUCACAAAAGAAAUUGAGUGCUAGAAAAAGACUCAACAAAGGUUUCAAAUCGAAUUGGAAAAACUUCCUUGGCCUCCGUAGGAAUCGAACGUUCUUCAGAUGCGUAGUCUUGCCAAUGGCACUACCUCCGGUGAAGUAUGAGGACAUAAAUUCGAGACAAGACGUUUUCGAUGUUGUUUGA